UUAAACAAAUGGAAAAUUUAGAGACUUCUCCUUCAGCAGCAGCUGCUAAAGAUGAUGAUGAACAGCCCAGCUGCAGUAAAUCGUCAGCAGAAGCUAUAGAAAAACAAGAAGAUGAGGAUUUGGCCAAUAUUGUUACAGCCGAGGAGUAUUUAAUGCGCAAGGAUGUUGUCCUAUUGGAUUAUGAGAAACAAAUGUUUUUGGAUACGGUGCAUGCAGAUGCUUUGAUGGUGUGUGCCAAAGGCCUGAGUUAUGAACGUGUGGUAUUGAAUAUUUUAAAAGUUUACAGUGAUGCUGGGAAUUUAAUAUUGGUGAUAAAUAAUUCCGACUGGGAAGAGGAGUAUUAUAAGACGAGAUUAGAGAAGAAAUAUUUGCAUGAGGUGGCCAAUACAGCAACAGAAAGAGAACGUGUCUACCUAGAAGGUGGCAUACAAUUCAUUACCACACGCAUUUUAGUAGUGGAUCUCUUGAAAAAUCGCAUACCCAUAGAACUCAUAACCGGCAUUAUUGUAUUGCGUGCCCAUACCAUUAUCGAAUCCUGUCAAGAAGCCUUCGCCCUGCGUCUAUAUCGACAGCGUAAUAAAACUGGCUUCAUUAAAGCUUUUUCCAGCAGUGCUGAAGCCUUCACCAUUGGCUACGGUCACAUAGAACGUGUAAUGCGUAAUUUAUUCGUGAAAGAGCUGUUUAUAUGGCCUAGAUUUCAUGCCAGCGUACAGGCCUCGUUAAAACCCUAUGAGGCUCAAACCAUAGAAUUACAUGUUCCUUUAUCCGACAAAAUGAAAUUAAUACAAACUCAUAUACUUGAUAUAAUGAACUAUUUGGUGCGUGAAAUAAAACGCAUCAAUCGUACGGUGGAUAUGGAUGAAAUUACGGUUGAAAAUUGUGUUACAAAGAAAUUUCAUAAGAUAUUGCAGGCUCAAUUGGAUUGUAUAUGGCAUCAGUUGAAUUCGCAAACAAAGUUGAUAGUGGCCGAUUUGAAGAUCUUGAGAAGUUUAAUGAUAGCCACCAUGUAUAAUGAUGCGGUGAGUGCUUAUGCUUUGAUUAAACGCUAUAGAACUACAGAAUAUGCUCUUAGCAAUUCUGGUUGGACUUUAUUGGAUUCGGCGGAACAAAUUUUUAAACUUUCCAAGGAACGGGUAUACAACGCUCAAGGUGAAUUCGAACCAGAACCCUGUCCCAAAUGGAAGUAUUUGAGUGAAAUUCUAAAAGUCGAAAUACCCGGCGAUAUGAAACGCACCAAACCCGACUGCUAUGACCCACCCAAGGUUCUAAUAUUGUGUCAAGACACUAGAUCUUGUUAUCAGCUGAAACAGUUUCUAACCCAAAGUGGUGAACGUUUUCUACUAUAUACCGCUAUGAGGCAACAAAUACCCAUAGGUAAAUUGGGCAAAACAUUUGAAAAAAUACAAACUGGCAAAGAGUUGGAAAUGACUUUAACACAACAUCAAUUGAAAAAUACCCAAAAAUCGGGAAAAUCUAACAAAAACUCUAACAGUGAAUUGGAUGACUCCGAGAAUCCACAACAAAUCGAUGAACUAACACAGUUGCUAAGUCAUGAUAUGGAUGAGGGGGAUGUGAAUUAUUUUCAAGAAAGUUACAUGCUUACCAUGACCCAAACUCAGUUUGAUGACACUGAUUUAACGUUUUUAAAUGAUAGUGGCAAUGGAGCCGAUGCCACUGUGGAUAAUUCGGUAUUUGAACCAUUUCCUGAAAUGGAAAAUCUAGAUAUUACGGCAGCCAUAACAGCGCGCAAGCAACCCUUGAUAUGUUUACAAACUUUUAAGACUGAAAGGGAAGGAUCCAUGGCCUUGGAAAGGAUAUUGGAUGAAAUUACUCCCCAGUAUGUGAUAAUGUAUCAUUGUAAUGUGACGGCCAUUAGGCAAUUGGAAAUAUAUGAGGCUCGUCAGCGUCGCUCGGCUAAGGAGCGUAUGAAAGUAUUCUUUUUGAUACAUGCCCGAACGGUGGAGGAGCAAUCUUACUUAACAAGCCUGAGAAGAGAGAAACAGGCUUUUGAGUUGGUUAUCGAAACGAAGAGUAAAAUGGUCAUACCUGAGUAUCAGGAUGGUAAAACCGAUGAGGCUUUCAUAUUAUUUAAAUCUUACAAAGAUCCGGAGGCUGUUGAAACGGCUAAUGCUCAAAGUCGUAAGGCGGGCGGUCAAGAACCAUGCAAACAAGCUGAGGCUGAACCUAAUCCCCGGGUUAUUGUGGAUAUGCGUGAGUUUCGUUCGGAUUUGCCCUGUCUCAUACAUAAGAGGGGCAUAGAAGUGGUGCCGGUUACGAUAACGAUUGGCGAUUACAUUUUAACCCCCGAAAUCUGUGUCGAACGUAAAUCCAUAUCCGAUUUGAUAGGCUCCCUCAAUUCGGGUCGCCUGUACAAUCAAUGCAUACAAAUGCAACGUUACUAUGCCAAACCCAUACUCCUCAUAGAAUUCGAUCAGAAUAAACCUUUUCAUUUGCAGGGCAAAUACAUGCUCUCACAAAAUACCACCUCCACCAAUGCUGACAUAGUGCAAAAAUUACAGCUUUUAACUUUACAUUUCCCAAAACUGCGCCUCAUCUGGUCACCCAGUCCCUAUGCUACGGCCCAAUUAUUUGAAGAGCUAAAAUUGGGUAAACCAGAACCUGAUCCCAAACAGGCGGCCGCUUUGGGUGGUGAUGACUCAGGAGCUUAUGAUGAGUUGAAGUUUAAUGCUAAUAUUUAUGAUUUUCUAUUGCGGCUACCGGGUGUUAAUACCAGAAAUGUUCACAAAUUAAUGAGACAUGGUGGUAAUUUAAAGGAAUUGUUAAAAAAAACCCAGGCUGAACUUUCGACUUUGCUGGACUCCCAGGAAAAUGGCAAAUUAUUGUGGGAUAUUUUACAUGUAGCUCACUUACCCGAAAAGGAUGAGGUUUCGGGCUCCGCCGCCAUGUUGGCUGCUGGAAAACAAUUUGGCACUCAUUCACGUUUCCGUCGUGGAGCGGCAGCAGCAGCUACUUCCUCUCUGGUAGGCCGAGCAGGUAAUCUGCGUAAAUUUAAAAAUUGAAAUAAAGGAUUGUUUUUACAAAUAUCAAGCUAUUGUUAAA